AUGGGCAUUUGUGCAAGUAAAAGCACGAGAAAAGUAGCAGCAGAUAUGAGAAGUACAGAGCAGUUGUCAGACUUAGAUAAAAUAAGAGCUGAACUAAUUUUGAGAAUUCAUAGCUUGCAUUCUGUGAAAUCUGAUUGUAAACAGGGGAUCGAGAUCUGUGCAAUACAAAAAGAAAAAAACAAAGCAAUUAUUUUAAAGCUAACUCCCGCUUCUGUAAGUAAAUAAAAACAUUAAAAAAUUCACCUACCCGUGUGAUAGAAAAAAAAUAUUUUGAUAUAUAAGUGAUAAUUACUAUAAGGGAAUCUCUUUUUAAUUCUGUUAAAAUUUAGGAAACUUGUAUUUUAAAACAUAAAUUUUGUUAAUUAAAUGAAUGUUUUCUUUCCAAUUUCGGAAAAUAAAAUUUACAAUGAAAUUUAUUAUAAAUUUUUUAAAAAAAUUAACCCGUUAGCUAAGCAGGAAUAUAUAAGCAAAAAACUAAAGGAAAUACAAGAAAUUAUAAAACUGAUUGAUGACUCUCAAGAUAAACCUUUAAGAGACAAAAAUACAAUAGUAAGCGAUGCUAAAGAAUUAAAUGAAAAUCUUGAUCAAGUUUUAAUAGGAAACGACGUUGAACAAAUUAUUUCUGGAAAAGAAAGUUCACAAUAUGAUGAAAUUCUUAAAAAGAGUUUAUCAUUGACAAAAGAUUCGUUAGAUAUAGUCAAUCAAGUUGAUCAGAUUUUCGAGUCCUCAACUUAUUUAAAUGAGCCAGCAUCGGGUGUAAGAAGAAAAUACAAUAGAAGGACAAAAAGUUCUGGAAAGCCACUUUAG